UCUGUUACUUUAAGGCGAAAUCUGCCCCCGAAAGGCAGCAAGUAGCGGAAGGAGAAGGCAUGAAUUGGUUUCCUGUUACUUUAAUCCUCCACUCUGGUUUUAGCAGCGCCGCCUGAGGCGUUCUGGCUGCUCGCCCGGAGCGAGGAGGCCGCGAGUGAGCAGCCCCAGCCUGGGCCGCUCAGGCCGCGGGAGGCGGAGAGGGAAGGGAAGAGAAGGGAAGGGAAGCGGGUGCCCGCCGCCAGCCACGGGCCCUCGCUGUGCGGGCAGGCGGGCCGGGCCCGGCGGCGCCGUGGAGCCCAGCGGCGCGGGGCGGAGCGGGGGCCGUGGAGGGGAGAGGGGCUCAGGCUACGCACCCAGCAGCAGCCCGUCCAUGUCAAAGAUCAGGUAACACUCCACUGGGCAUCAAGAUCAUUGAAGCACCAGUUGCAGAGGCAGACAUGAAAAGAGCUGUAUCAGGCUCCCAAGGCGACAUCCUGGUUUGAAGAUGAGUACUGCUGUGCCAUUCUGUGUGAGGGCAGUGGUUAGGUGCAGCUUCACCUAGGGGAGGUCCUGUCUCAUUUGUAGGAAGAAGAUGGAGCUCCUUUUACUUCUAAUAAUUUGCCAGUGUGCCAUAAACAGUAUCAAAACACAUAGUAUUUCAAAGCCCAAUAUAAUUUUACUGAUGGCUGAUGAUCUUGGUAUUGGAGAUCUGGGAUGUUAUGGGAACAGAACCUUAAGAACCCCUAAUAUUGACAGGCUAGCAGAGGAAGGAGUGACACUUACUCAGCACAUAGCAGCAUCCCCACUUUGUACUCCAAGCAGGGCAGCUUUUCUGACAGGGAGAUAUCCUAUAAGAUCAGGAAUGGCUGCCUUCUCACGAGUUGGUGUCUUCUUAUUUUCUGCCUCUUCUGGGGGACUUCCUUCUGAAGAAAUAAGUUUUUCCAGACUCCUGAAGCAGAAAGGUUAUGCAACAGCUUUAAUAGGAAAGUGGCAUCUUGGGAUGAACUGUGAAAGCAGUAAUGACUUCUGUCACCACCCCCUCAGUCAUGGAUUUGAUUACUUUUAUGGCCUUCCUGUGACCAAUUUGAGAGACUGCAAACCUGGCCAAGGCAGCGUGUUUUUGAAAGGGGUUCAGAAAGACCUUGUCAUCCCAAUCCAAAUCACUGGAAUCACCCUUGUGUCUUUGGCAAUAGUGCAGUACAUUGGCCUUCUCAAAGUAUCCUUCCAAGCAUUGGGUUACUUCUUGUUAAUAAUCACAAUUUCACUUGUGGUUUUGAUUUUUUUCUUCUAUCAUUUUCGACACCUAAACUGCUUUUUAAUGAGGGACCACCAGAUUAUCCAGCAGCCACUGUCCUAUGAGAACCUUACUCAGAGGCUAACAAAAGAAGCCAUGCAGUUUAUUGGAAGGAACACUGAUACACCAUUUCUUCUUGUCCUCUCUUAUCUUCAUGUCCAUACUGCCCUAUAUGCUUCAGAAAUUUUCAAAGGAAAGAGCAAGCAUGGUUUAUAUGGUGAUGCAGUGGAGGAAAUGGACUGGAGUGUAGGGCAAAUUCUGGAUGUGCUGGAGAAGCAUAAUCUGAAUGACAAAACUCUUGUAUACUUUACAUCUGACCAAGGGGCUCAUGUUGAGGAAAUCUCCAGUGCUGGAGAAGUCCAUGGAGGAUACAACGGUAUAUAUAAAGGUGGAAAAUCAACAAACUGGGAAGGAGGUAUUCGUGUGCCAGGUCUUCUCCGUUGGCCUGGAAUGGUACAGGCUGGUGCCUAUAUCGAUGAGCCGACAAGCAACAUGGAUAUAUUUCCUACCAUAGUCAAACUUGCAGAUGCACAGUUACCCUCUGACAGGAUUAUUGAUGGACAUGAUCUGCUACCUUUACUUCAAGGAAAAGUUACUCGAUCUGAGCAUGAAUUUCUCUUCCAUUACUGCAAUGCGUAUUUAAAUGCAGUGCGCUGGCAUCCAAGAAACAGUGAAUCUGUCUGGAAAGUCUUCUUCUUCACUCCAAACUUCAGUCCUGAGGACUCCAAUGGUUGCCAUGAUUCUCACGUUUGCUUCUGCCAUGGAGGAUUCAUUACACGACAUGAUCCUCCACUGCUCUUCGAUCUGUCCAGAGACCCUGAAGAGAAAGUCCCGCUGACUCCAGACACUGAGAGCCGAUUCUACGAAAUCCUCAGGGUUGUACACCAAGCAGUAGACAACCACACCAGGUCCCUGCAUGCUGUUCCUAACCAGCUGUCAUGGGACAACAUUCUCUGGAAGCCAUGGCUCCAGCUCUGCUGCUCAUCUCUCUUUCAGUCUUGCUAUUGUGACUAUGAGUCAGGAGGGAGGCCACUGCGGGUGCCUUUGAGAUAAACAAGCUGCAAUUCCCUUUCAGAAACUGGACCAGCAGAGUGUGGGUGUCUGAACUGAACCUGUGGUACAAGCCUUCAGAAGGUUUUGUUGUGUUGGAGCAGGACCAGUCUUCAAACACAUAUUGCAGUAGAAGAAAAUGUGCUAGGACACACCUUCUCUCCUCUGUCUUUAUCACACAGCAUGAAGGACAUGUUGCCGUCCUCAUCUACACAUGGGUAGACUUGUAGGCAUCUUCUGUGGGAGAUAAUUUCUAGACUUUCAGCUUGAGCUUUUUUCUUACACAGCAAAGACUUUACCUAUUAGUUCUGUCAAUCACAACUAAUAAAUGCACGCGUUCCUGUCCUUUUUACUAAGUGUUAUCCAUUAGUAGGACAUAGCACUGAGUAAUUGAAAACAGAGAGAUAAUAGUGGAGAGUGACUCCUGCGACAGUCAUUUGGUAACUGAUAGAUAGGUUAAGAGCAGGCUUGCAACAGAUCUCUGUCCAUAACCAUGACAAAUGUGAAAAAACCUGACAGAUUGCCAACAGUCUAACUUUGAAUGUGCCAUAAAAAUGCACAGAGCUAUGGCAGUGGAAGACCUUGUGUCCAUAUUAGAAUAAUGCUCCCCAGCAUCCCCACUGUCCUAUUGCGUGGCAGCAACCUUUGUUUCAAACGGACACCACUUCAAGUGCAUCAGCUGUAUUCUUGAGUGUGUACCAUAAGUCUCCACAUAUAUAAAUAUAUAUAUAUAUAUAUGCACAAGCUGAAUUCAUAACCCUUAAAUCCUUCAAUCUCUGAUACAGGCACACCCUUAUGAUCAUAUUACAAUUGAUAAAAUAAAAGAUUUGGUCCCUAGUUGAUAUUUGUGUUCCAAAUUCACAUGAUACUACAAAUUUAUCUUAUUUAUUAUACCUAUUCUUCCAUUGAGGAAAGUAAUCACAAAUAAAUAAAAUUUGGUCUUCCUUUAAAUAUCUUUGCCAUCUUUUAAGCUCUCUGAAUAGGAUCUAUCAUUUUCUGAAAAUAAGCUUGGGCUUGAGUACUUAAAGCCAAAUAUAACUGUCUCUGAGUUCUUAGCAAGGUCUUGGGAAAUCUACUGUCCUCGAGGGCUAAUUUUUGUAUCCAUUUUUAUCUCUGUCUUAUUCAGGCACAUUUUCUUUCCACUCUACAGGCAGACAAACUAUUUUCUUUGGCAUAGUGCAGACGAAAAGAAGAUAUCAGCAAAAUACUAAAAUGAUUUGAUGCCUGAUAAUAGAAGGUGACUUGCUCCUUAUCAGAAAGCAGCAGUUAAUUCCCACAUUACAAUGUAUUAAAACCUGUUUGGGGCAAAAGUGAUCUGUGAUGAUAGUAAUGCGGUAGCUUCAGUCAGCCAGCAUUAAGAUUGUGACCCAGUUCUGGUGAGCUAUUGAAGCUUUUCCUUUAAAAAUAUACUGUGAUGAAUGGUGUAUUUCUCUGUCUGUAAACUUAGGCUUUAUUUGAUUUUUCCAUUACAGUUUCAUUCAAAAUUUCAUGCUCUGUAAUAUUCAGAAGUCUCUACUGGGAAAUGUACAUUUUCCUUGAAGCCCUAUUUUUGAUGUUUCACCUUGUGUUCAUGAUCUUAAUUAUGUCCUGAGCAAACUCUCUGUAGGAGGCAAAGCCCCAUGACCAAGAUUUAUCACUGAAUGUACUACAUAACCUUAGGAGGAAAUAUGCCUCUCAUUUGAGUACAAAUAUUCUUCCAUGAGAGUGGCUGCCUUUCAAUGUUAUGGUAGGAUCCAUACAUCCCAAAUUUUUGUUCCUCACCAUGUGGCCCUAGAACCCCUUGGGGCAUGGCACUGGUGCCAGCCUGUCCCUCCCUGCAGCCAAAGGGCAGCCCAGGCUGUGGCCAGAGUGCCAGAACACCCCGGUGUGGAGGGAUGCUCUCUCCAGCUCCCACAGCUCUGCCACAGCGUACACAAAAGCUUUUCAAACAAGUACUCCCAAAGAAAAUGGGAAAAAAAUAUGUUGUGUGUUCAGUAUACAGUGCUAACUCAGACAAGGGAUUUGGUGUCAUUAGAUCUACCUUGUUUCCACAGUUUAUGGUCUGUGACCUUCACAGAGAUCUCAAUUUAUAUUCUCAAGGACACCCACACUGACUUUUUUUUUUAUGAGGAAGAUGCGGUGUUGCUAUUAUUUCUUUUUCUUUCUUUCUGCAGGUGCAAGAUUUUUUUGUUCUGUUAGGCACAACAGUUGUUCUGUGCUGCUUGAUCAAAGUAUCAAAAAUCAUGACUUUUCUACUGCUCUGAGUUCUUCUUGCCUGAAUAUGACAUUUCUUUCAUACCUCCCUUGGCUUUUGAUGCCAUUUUUCUAAUCUUUUGUUAAACAUCCACACCCCUAAAAUACUUUUCCAUCUAUUUCUUUACCACUCAGUCCUGUUUGCUUCUCAUAGUGAAGGCUAUUUUGCCCUAAUCAAUCAGAAAAUGAAAAGUAGUCUUGUCAUAAAAUUUGAUUUGUAGGGCUCCUUGACUCUGAUAGCCUCCUGCUUAUUUAAGGUCCAAUAAGAAUUAACUUUGCAUUAUGAAAUAUAAAUAAUUAAAGCAUACCUGAGAUGCCCCAAAUAAUAUGAAAUAUUUAUUUUUUUGUGGCACAAACUUCAUAUUUUCCAAAAUAUAAUUUAGUACAACAUUUAAUACUUCAACAUAUGCGGAAAAAUCUGAAAUACAUUCUUACAAUUUUUCCUUCAAGAAACAUUCUGUGAAGAAAAGAGCAGUAUUUUUCAUAUUCUGUGUUAAUACCAUUUCAUUUAAUACCUAAAAUAAACCCUUCCUGUAUUGCAAAUGUAUUACACUUUUCAGUGCUACACCUUUUGUUCUGAAAAUGACAUGUCAGAUCAGGGUAAUUAAAGAAGUCUUGUUUAUCUUCAAAAUAAAGUGUGAAGGAC